AAAUGUAUUUCUACAAGGUUUGUACCAUAUAUUUGGGAGCCAACGUUAGUUGGCUUAUGCUGACCUAUGUAAUGUAGUGGCUAGUGCUUACUACCUUUGUAAUGUAGUGCUUGUUGCCUUCCCAUAUAUCACAGUAAAUAUGAAUAUCAUGAGCACCACUCCUAUUGUACACUGUGUGCUGGACACCGCAACCAAAGAGCCUUGCUGUUGACUCACGCCCUCUGUGUGCCCAUUGCUUCCCAUAGAGAUUAAAUGACCAUCAGGUUUCCCUAAAAGUAUAAACCUGAAUAUCUCCUCAAAUGCUUUACAGUAGUUUUAAUAUUGCUGGGAAAAGGCUGAGAUAAAUCUAUAGGCUACGUUUGCUACUGUGUCCCGUUCCGUUCCUUGAGUAAACGCAAGGCGCAUACCAAUGGAAUCACUAUAGAAUCACCCGCACAACUUUUUAAUAUUGUUCUAUGGCUGAAAGAAUGCCUUGUGAAUAAUUCCACGAGAUGGUGGUUUGUUUGCUUUGUCGGCACCAGGAUGUCAGCGUUUGUUUGUUACUAUGCACCUAAAAGGCUUCAUAUUGUGGGUCAGCAGUACAUAAAAGAUGGUGAGGUAUUUGAAAUAAUAAAUUAAAAAAUAAAUUAAAAAUCUGAGUGGGGUUUGAAUAGGUGAUUUAUAGAAUGAACUGAGAAAUGUAUUUAUUUACAUGAAAAAUAUGUGUAGCUUCCAUAUAAUGCUACGUGGUGGGAAAAGGCUGAGAGAAAUCUAUAGGCUACGUUUGCUACUGUGUCUAGUUCCAUUCCUUGAGUGAACGCAAGGCGCAUGCCAAUGGAAUCACUAUAGAAUCACCCGCACAACGAAUAACCCGCUGAGGUGUGUAUCCUGUUUCUAUUGUUGUCUUUGUUCAAAUGAACACACCCCUAAUGUCAAGCUGCUGUCACAAGACUGAUGGGCGGGACGAGGAAGGCGAAGUCCACUGCACAGGUAAAGACAAAACGCUUGGGGAAGUUGUCGACUUUUUCUCGCCACUGACGGUAUGGAUGUUGUUGGUUAAACUCACGGAUUGCUAAAACUUUACUAUCAUGGCUUUGUCGGAACUUUAUACGAAGUACAACAGAGUGUGGAUACCGGAUGAAGAGCAUGUCUGGAAGUCAGCAGAGAUCCUGAGAGACUUCAAACCUGGAGAUGAUACUUUACAACUGCAGCUUGAGGAUGGCACUGAGAUGCUGUACUCCCUGGACACAUCCAGUCCUCAGCUCCCUCACCUCCGAAACCCUGAUAUCCUGGUGGGGGAGAAUGACCUGACAGCUCUCAGCUACCUCCACGAACCAGCAGUUCUACACAACCUCAAAGUGCGCUUCGUGGAGUCCAAGAUCAUCUACACCUACUGCGGUAAAGAAACACUCACACUCCCAAGUCCAUCUACACCUACUGCGGUAUAGAAA